CAAAGAGCACAUGCAUCCGGUUCAUUUGGCUGUUUCGAAUUCAUGAAACAUGGCCCACUUCUUAAGAGGCAAGCAGGCUGGUAUCCAAAAUGAUUUGUCUGCGGGACUAUUUCCAGAGCUCUUUAUGCUGGAUGAAGUCGCCCGCUACGGAAUAAACUCCCGUAUCAGCGCUCUGGCAUAUGAUCCAGUACAGUCUCUUCUCGCUGUUGGAACAAGCGAAACACAAUAUGGGAGUGGAGAAAUCUACAUCUUUGGACAACAGAGAGUUUCUGUGGUUUUCCCACUUCCCCGCAAAGCUUCCUCUACCAUCCUUCAGUUCUCUGCCGAUAAGCUAGUCAGUGUAGACUCGAAAAAUGAAGUCUGCGUGUUUUCUCUCGUGGAGAAAAAAUUGGUGGCUUCUUACGCACCCCCAGGACUGGUCACAGCCCUCUUGACAGAUCCAUGCCUAGAUUACGCAUUCAUUGGGCUGCAAAACGGUGAGGUUGUCGCGUAUGACUUGGAUCGAUGGGCACCAGCACCUUUUAAGCUCCCAAACUUUUGGAAGGAGCGCAACCCGCGAGCCCGAGUGCUUCCGAUCGUAUCUCUGGCAUUCCAUCCGCGAGAUAUUGGGACUCUUUUGAUUGGAUAUGCCGAUGGAGCUGUGAUAUUCUCCGUCAAGCAAAACAAGCCUGUGAAAUACUUCCAGUUUGAGCUUCCCCCUGGUGCUCCUGGAGGGAGUUCUGACCCUUCCUCCCUGAGAGAUAUUCGAAGACCCAGAAUAACGAAGGCUAUCUGGCACCCUACAGGCACAUUUAUCCUUACUGCACAUGAUGACUCUAGUCUAGUAUUUUGGGAUCCGAAGGAUGGUAGGAUUGUGAUGGCCAGGACUCUUACUGAUAUAGAUGUAGACAAGCCUGGGUCUGCAUCAAGAACACCAGGUUCCACUCCGGAGACAUUUGCUUUGAAGGAGCCAAUCUUGCAUGUGGCGUGGUGUUGCAAAGAGAACCCCGACGAUACUGGCUUGCUUAUCGCGGGAGGCUCUCCAACCACUCAGCAAACCAAAGGAUUGGCCUUCUUUGACCUUGGGCCCACUCCAAAUUACCAGACAUCAUCGUGGCAGCUUCUUUCUAAUCAUUUCGCAUCUCCAAAGCGUGAGACCAGAUUGCCAACUCCCCCUAAUGCAGAAGUUGUUAAUUUCUGCUUAAUUCCUCGGUCCUCGCCGCAUUUUUCCGGCUCGCAAGACCCAAUUGCAGUCUUGGCUCUCUUGUCAUCAGGCGAACUGGUUACUUUGAGCUUUCCAAGUGGCCAUCCUAUUACACCCACAAAUAUGCUUCAUUUAUCGCUUUCAUUUGUUCAUCCGUUUGUUACCAAAAUGGCACUCUCUUCCGUUGACCGGACUAGGUGGUUGGGCUGGAGAGAAAAACGUUCGCUGGGCCCUAAGUUCCUUAAUGGAGGCGCCGAAGCGAAGCGUCAUAUGAAGCGGUUUGAGAGCCGUGAUAUUGCCCAGAUGGCUCAUGCGGAUGGCCUUAUUCGCAUGUGGGAUACAGGCCAUGAUGAUGAAAUCGAGAAUCCUACUAUCAUUCAGAUUGAUCUUGCCCGUGCGGUGGGACGCUAUCAAAACAUUGAGGUGACACAAAUGUCGUUAGCAGGAGCAGCGGGAGAAUUUUCCGCUGGAUUAAAGUCAGGCGAACUAGUUGUGUUUAGAUGGAACCGCAACCAGAAUGUCGGAAACGAUUUACCCCUGGGACAUAAUGAAGGCCCCGGACUUGUCACAAAUAUAUCCCACAGAACCGACCCUGGCUUAAAGGAGGGAUUCCUUCCCAUAAUUCUCCUCGAUCAGCGCCAAGGACCUGUCACAGCGUUAAAACACAGCGAUGUGGGCUUUGUAUGCGCCGGAUACCAGUCAGGAAGCAUUGUUUUCGUUGAUUUACGGGGCCCUAAGAUAAUUCACACGGCCAGCCCUGCCGACUUUGGGAAGCAACAUCGAAGAACAAGUCUAAUGAAAAGCCACGGAUCUAUUGAGACAGCAGCUGAAUGGGCGACGUGUAUCGAAUUUGGUGUUCUUAGCCUAGAAGGGGAUGAUUACUCGAGCAUCGUUUGCUUCGUUGGUACCAGUAGGGGCCGGUUAGCCACUUUCAAAAUAUUGCCGUCUUCAGAUGGUUACUCGGUGUCGUUUGUCGGUUCUACUUCGCUGGAUGAUCGGGUAUUAACUAUAUGCCCCAUCAACGCUGAAAAUGGCCAGCACGCCUUAGCUACGCAACAAGCUGUGUCAAAUUUACGAAGUGGAUAUAAGGUCAAUGGUAUCGUUGUUGCCGUGAGUCCCUCGGGUUGUCGUAUGUUUAAGCCUUCUAGCUCAAAGGGGGCUCAUAAGAGCUGGGAUGACUUCAUGUGCGAUUCCGCGACGGUUGUAAGAAGGGGAGACGCUUAUAGUUUGGUGGGAUUAUUUGGUGAUGGGAAGGCUAGAGCCUACUCGAUCCCGGGUUUGAAAGAAAUCGCUUCUGCCCCUAUUGAUAAGAUUUUGGAUGUGUGUAAGUUUGGCGACGCAUGUAUUACGUCCUCGGGUGAUGUGCUUGGUUGGGUUGGACCCUCCGAGGUGGCUAUGGUCUUCGUAUGGGGUGCUGGGUUACAUUUGGAUCGUUGUGCGGACAUUCUGUUUAAUCCCGAACUGAUAGUCCCACCUCGACCGACUAUCUCCAACCUUCAGUGGAUAUCUGGCACCCAGUAUGUGUCCACUAGCGAUAUGGAUCUUUUAAUUGGCGGCCCUGACCGACCUCCAUCGAAACGGAUGCUGGAGCAGAUGCGCCUUGAAGAACAAGAGCGACAAGCUGCCAGUCACCAGAACCGCCCCCGCCCGACCUCCUCGACAGAGCAAGAGUCCCAAGAGGGAUAUUGGGCAUAUAUGCAGCGGCAGAUGCAGGAAAGAACCGAGAGGCUUGGCAUCAUGGGAGACAACAUGGAUCGGCUGGAAGAAAACAGUAGCGGGUUUGCGGAUGACGUGAACAAAUUUAUCAGAAAUCAAAAGAAGAAAGCUGUCUUGGGUGUUAUCGGCUCGAAGUUUGGAUUUUAAAGCUAAGCUUGUUAGGUUUGAGUUGCGAGUUUCAUGGGAUUCCGCUGUUUGAAUAUUUUUAACCAAACAAUGGGGGCUAUGGGUUGUAAAUGAUAUCCUAGGAUUACCGUACGUAGUUAAUGAUUGUAUGCCUCGAUUU